CCCACCCAUCGUCUUUUCCCUGCUCCCACCCAUCAUCUAUUGUCUGCGCUCCCACCCUUCAUUUAUUCUCUGCUCCCACACAUCAUCUAUUGUUUGCGCUCCCACCCUUCAUUUAUUCUCUGCGCUCCCACCCUUCAUUCAUUCUCUGCUCCCACUGUUCAUCUAUUCUCUGCUCCCAUGGCAGAGGGAUAUCUUGAAAAAAUAACCAGAAAGAAAAAAAACCGCUGACGAAAAGGCCUUUGCUAAAGCCCAAAAGUUGCUUGCUUUAGUAGCCCCUGACAACAAAAGAGUCCAAAAUCUUCGUAAGAUGGCCCCAAAGCUCCUUAAUUGGCGAGAGCGGAAUGGUUAUUGGCACAUCGGUCUUUCAGUCAUAAUCGCCUUCGCUCGGAGCCUAAAUCCAUCACAAUGGCAAAUUGUAGAGCGUUGUUUUUCACGACUACAGGAAACCCAAGCUUUUACAGACCUUAUCAAUCGCUGUAAAAUCCCAGAUAGCUGGGGCUACUUUUAUAAUGUGGUUGGCCCUAGUUGGAAAGCGAAAUGCGUUGCGGGUUGCAUUGAGUGAGUUCCGAGAUUUCGAACGAUUGAAUGAGUAUUUGGGCCAUUUUGCAAACCUACCACAAGAGAUCGGUGCUGGUGUCAGACAUACAAGUCGGGAGCAGAUGGCUUGCAGCUCAACGCCAUCUGCUGUGGCCAGCGUCACUGAAAAUAGCCGCCCAUUGAAACGUCGACGCUCCGAGCCACUCGAAGAAUCGGAGCAUCCGACCAUAACACUGGCAUCUUUACCCAAGUCACACUGACGACCGCAUCACCUGAUCGCGCCCAAAACAGUCUCGGUAAUGCCGCAACGGCGUACGUCUGGACUUGUGUACACCUGAAAUUUCAGAGCCCGACAAAAUACAGCGGAAUCAUUUGUCCAACGCUCUGCCAUUAGCACGGUAUGAGGCGCCCAGCAAUGUCAGGCAGGAUCUAGAUAAUACAGGUCCACCAGACGCCCCCGCUAUAAGUAAUCCUUAUCAGACGAAAGCCGCAAAAAAUACUAGAAAGCGCAAGGCGCCUGAGAAGUCUCCGGUCGACCGAAUAAGCAAGAGGUCGGGCCCGAAGUUCGCACAUCAAGGCGCCAAAGAGACCACCUCCGACCCGCAGACAUUGGGAUGGAAGCAAAAUGACAUGUGCUUGACUUGCAAAGCAAGGUGGGAUGCAGCGCAUGCCCUGGGACAAAACGCAGAGAUCAAUGGCCAUGGUGGCAGCCAAGCCGAUGCGGAAAAUCCAGGAAAAGAGUGCACGGCAUGCAAUCGGGAUGACAGGUUGUGCGCCUAUGUCUACACAGAGGCCCAAAAGACAGGCGAGACCAACCAAUUUUACCAAUAAACACUUCGUCUAGCCGAGCUUGAGCUAAACAGAGGCCAAGGAACAGAUCAGGUUCCUCAAAAAGCUACGGAUGAAAUCGUAUUUAUUGUUCAGAGGUUGUCGGUUCGGGCGUUUCAGACGGGAAAAUUCAAAAUGACGUAUGAACUUCAGAAAAGGAAGUUGGAACACAAUCAACAGGGAAUAACUGAGCUACGGGAUAGACUCGAAGCUCUGGAGUCUGGGUCGUAACAUGCGACACCCCAGACUUGGACUAAGGUUGCCGAAGGCAUCCGCUAGCACUUUUAAAACAGGCCAUUGGGGGCUCCAGGGCGGACGCUGCAUAACAUAAUGGUCUCAUUGCUUUCGUUAGGGCAAUUUAUAUAAACAAUAACUUGUUCACGUGACAA